GCGCCCUGCCCGUCGACCAUCCAGUUCCGCUGCCGCACCGCCUCCAUGGAGUGCAUCGCCGUGUACAACCAGUGCGACGGCAUCCCCCAGUGUAGCGACGGCUCCGACGAGCUCAACUGCCCCGUCACGCAGGCGCCGGCCUCACCUGGCCUGCUCGGCGGGGAUGCUUCGACCUUCGGCAGGCCCGACGCCAGCCGGGUCAUGACCGGUAUCGCUGUCGGCGCCAACGGCAGGAUCGGCGCCAACGCUAAGGUGGAGGAGGCGGCUGGCGACUCCCACAUCCACGCCCAGGAGUUGAUGGACCUGCGGGACCAGCAGCGGCAGCAGUACCCCGUGCUCUCCAUGGCGGACCUCAAGGUGCAGCAACAGCUCCUACCACUGCAGCAGCAGCACGCCGCGGCCCCGCAGCAGACGGAGCAGGCCCUGAACGCCUACAACGCCUGGACCUGGGCCCAGCAGCAGCAGCAGCAGCUGCAGAAGCAGGCGCAGCAGUUGCAAGCGCAGCCGCAGCAGAAGCAGCAGCCGCAGCAGAGCGUGGAGGCGCCCCAGAUGUCACUGUCCGACCAGCUGGGGCAGCUCACGCAGCUACCGCAGCUACCGCAGCUACCGCAGCAACAGGGCGGCAGGAUGCAGGGGGUCAUGGCGGCGGCCCACCAGACAGAUUCAACUGCAGUGCAGUCACAGACGCCACUGAGGCCGCAACCGCCGUCCCCUCCCCGUGCUCCCUCCCAGCCUGAACAGGAGCAGCAGCUGCCCGUCCAGCAGCAGCCCCAGCAGCAGCAGCAACAACAACAGCAGCAGCAACAACAACAGCAGCAGCAGGACAUGGCGGCUGCGCUGCAGCAACAGCAACAACUCCUCCUGCAGCAACAGCAGCUGCUGCUGCAGCAACAACAACAACAGCAGCUGCAGCAACAACAGCAGCAGAUCCCCCUGUUCCAGCGGACCGGCACCGUGGCCAGGGUGGGCGUCAACCAGGUCAACCAGUGGGACAGCGGCGCCAACCCUUACCGAGCAGGAGAACACAACAGCCACAUCUUUACCCACAAAGGAGGCGUCCUGGACAGCGACCACUACCGCAUGCACAACCACCCACACCAGGUGUACGGCGGCGAGGAGCUCCAGAACAGCGGAGCGGGCUACGGAGACUCGAUGCUGGGCCCCGGGCAGAACAACCCAUACUACAACCAGCAGGGCGGACCGGGGCGUCAGUCAGACGACUACACGCCGCUCCGCGCCGGUGCCGGCCAGGCGGGGCAGGCGGGUCCGGCGGGUCCACUGCGCGGCUCCCCGUCGUACGGCGGCCAGUACGGCGGCAACGACUACUUCUACGAGGACGGCGGCAGCCAAGGCGCCGAGAGCCGCCUGCAGAUGGGCAACCCGGCGCGCGCGGGACUACAGGGGGAGGACGGCAGCCGGAGGCUGGAGGCGGACUUGACUUCGGUGCCCUACGAGAAGCAGCCCCCGCGGCAACAGGGCAUGAUCCUGACGUCCCUCAUGCUGGUGGUGAUCGUCUGCCGGGUGCGCGUCAUCAAGCGAAGGAUGCUGCGGCGCGGCGGACAGUCGCAGUACGCCCACGACGCCGACUACCUGGUCAACGGGAUGUACCUGUGA